UUUCUCCAUUGGAAACAACAGCAAAUCCUUUGCUCCCGAGACUAAUGGAUGGGGGAAACAGUUGUGAAGGCCGACUUGAAGUCUAUUAUAAUGGGGACUGGGGCACAGUCUGUGACGAUAGUUGGGACUUAGAGGAUGCUCAGGUUGUGUGCAGACAACUUGCCUGUGGAUAUGCCAUUGAAGCUCCAAUAAGUGCCAGAUUUGGUGAAGGCUCUGGUAAGAUCCACUUGAAUAAUGUCAAGUGCCAAGGAAAUGAAUCAUCACUUCAAGAUUGUUCCCAUGAUGGAUGGGGAGUUCAUAAUUGUCACCACAAAGAAGAUGCCAGUGUUAUCUGCUCAGAAACGGUCCUCUCUACUACACAACAGAAUAUUCUAACCUCAGAAACUGUUGCAUCAACUACUCAGCAGAAUCAUCUUUCUUCUGAAAUGACCACUACCACUGGCCCACCAGCUACUACAGAAACACCAGUUACAACUGGAAGAGUUCAAGUCUCAACUGAGAUGAGCAUUACAACAGGUAUGCAUUAAUACAGAUUUUUGUUUCUGUUUUUGAAGUUAAUGAGUACGUGUUUUCAAAUGGGAAAUCAACUGGUUAUCUUCUUUAUAUCAUCUGCCAUUUUAUAAUUUUAAUAAAUAAUUCAGAAUUUUCUCAAUCUUCUACAGAGAAGCGUGUUGCAACUGGUAAGCAUUGCUGAAGAUUUAUUUUUAUUAUACAGAUUUUCAAAAGGAGACAAACAAUAUCAAAUAUAACAUUGAAAGUAAUCUUAAAUCUCCUCUGACUACAUUGAAGAAAGGAGUGGAGUCAGAGGAGAGUUAAUCUCCAGAUACUCUAACUCCUCCCUCUUUAUUCCAUUGACAAUUGCUCCACAUACCUGCUUGUAGUGCAUGGUCUUUUUUUUCCUACCCUACAUUGUCCCUAAGGAGAUCUUGUAAGUUUUGCAUGAGAUGGUUCUCUUCAAUAGGACAUCACUAGGCAAGUAGUGGGAAGAGAGAAAGGAAAU